AUGGCCGCUGUAGCAACCGCGCCUCGUGGUCUUCAGCCAAACGCAUCUUUACCAGCCAAGGUUCAACCUAUUCCUCCUAAUCAAACUCUCUACGUAACGAAUCUCCCCUCCUCAAAAAUCCAGAAAGCCGAUCUGCGAACCGCCCUCUACCUCCUCUUCUCCACAUAUGGCCCUGUCCUCGAUGUUGUCGCUCUUAAGACAAUGAAGAUGCGCGGUCAGGCCCAUAUCGUAUUCCGGGACGUUCAGUCUGCUACACAAGCUAUGAGAUCUCUCGAAGGACAAGCAUUCCUUGGUCGCGACUUGAAAAUACAAUAUGCGAAGUCCAAGUCCAACUUUGUGGCUAAACUCGACGGCACUUUCAAGAUCCCUAAUGUCGCAGGUGCCACCAACGUCGAGCAGACUGAACUGCAACAGAGCAUCUUCAACGCUCCCCCUCCUGGUUCAGCGCCGGCACCGACGCCCGGCUCUGGUCUUCCUGUGAAGCCUGCAGCGAGCGCGGACCACGUCAUGGAAGACGCCGAUACACCAGGUGGCCGAGGACAGAAGCGAACCCGUGACGAUGAGGAUAGUGAUUCGGAUGUUGCAAUGGAGGAGGACAGUGACGAUGACUGA